AGGUGAACGGGGGAGACAAAGGCACGCUUGAACACGAAGUCCAGUGAUUCUGAAAACACUGCGUCAAGAUCUCUAACGAAAGCAAAUAAUAACACCUGCACUAACUUAAAAAGUAGUUUUUUAGUUCAUAAUGAAUGUAUGCACCCCUGUCAAUAAAUAUAGCUGUAAUUGGACCCCCCUACUAUUCGAAGCGGAAAGUUUGCGUUACUGCGCAGGGGCCAUGUUGAUCUAGUUGAAAUCGUGCGAAGCUGAUGCUCACAUAGGAAUUAUUUGAAGUGGCGCACGUUUUAAAAAAAAAAAAAAAAAAAUUGUAAAAAAAAAAAAAUGUCUGUUGCUGUUGGAAGUAAACCUAGUGAAGAUCUGCGGAACUUGACUUUAUCUGGUCAUGUUGGCUUCGACAGUCUUCCAGAUCAACUGGUCAACAAAUCCACAACGCAGGGUUUCUGUUUCAACAUCCUUUGUGUGGGGGAGACCGGUAUUGGCAAAUCGACCUUGAUGGACACGCUGUUCAACACCAAGUUUGAAGGCGAUCCCGCUUCUCACAACGAGCCCGGGGUCCGGUUAAAAGCACAGAGUUAUGAACUCCAGGAAAGCAACGUGCGUCUAAAACUGACAACCGUUGACACGGUGGGAUUUGGCGACCAGAUUAACAAAGAAGAUAGCUAUAAACCAAUAGUUGAAUACAUUGAUGCCCAGUUUGAAGCCUACCUGCAGGAGGAGCUGAAAAUCAAGAGAUCCUUAUUUAAUUACCACGACUCCCGGAUUCACGCCUGUCUGUACUUCAUUGCCCCCACUGGACACUCGCUAAAGUCUCUUGACCUCGUUACAAUGAAGAAGCUAGACAGCAAGGUGAAUAUAAUCCCAAUCAUUGCCAAAGCGGAUACCAUUGCCAAGAAUGAGCUUCAUAAGUUUAAGAGUAAAAUCAUGAGUGAACUGGUCAGCAAUGGAGUACAGAUCUACCAGUUCCCAGCUGACGAGGAGACUGUAGCAGAAAUCAAUGCCACUAUGAGUGUCCAUCUUCCAUUUGCUGUUGUGGGGAGCACUGAAGAGUUGAAGAUUGGAAAUAAAAUGGCCAAGGCAAGACAGUACCCCUGGGGUGUUGUUCAGGUGGAGAAUGAGAAUCACUGUGACUUUGUGAAGCUCAGGGAGAUGCUGAUCAGGGUGAACAUGGAGGACCUGCGGGAGCAGACGCACUCCCGGCACUAUGAGCUCUACCGCCGCUGCAAGCUGGAGGAGAUGGGCUUCAAGGACACAGACCCCGACUGCAAGCCCUUCAGCCUUCAGGAGACGUAUGAAACGAAGAGGAAUGAGUUUCUGGGGGAGCUGCAGAAGAAGGAGGAGGACAUGAGGCAGAUGUUUGUGAUGAGGGUCAAGGAGAAGGAGACUGAACUUAAAGAAGCUGAAAAAGAGCUUCAUGAGAAGUUUGACAGACUAAAGAAGACGCACCAGGACGAGAAGAAGAAGCUGGAAGACAAGAAGAAGGAGAUUGAGGACGAGGUCGAUGCCUUCAGCAAGAAGAAAGCAGCCGUGCAGCUCCUCCAGGCCCAGCAGGCCAGCUCCCAAUCCACAAAGAAGGAGAAAGACAAGAAAAAUAAUCCUUGGCUCUGCACGGAAUAACUAACUCCAUCAGUGUCUUUAUGGAUUUAUUCUUUCCUCUAUGCAUCCUCUUCUUUCUGUAGUCUUCUCAUUGCCCGCUGCGUGCACGUUCUGCGCUGGACAGCAGGUGCACUCGUUCUGGAAAGACAUGCUCCUCCGUUCUCUAUUGCUUGUGUUUCUUUGCCUCUAUCACAAUGACAGCAUUUAUAUAGAAACUUUUGCAUCCUCUUUGGAAGUUUAAAAGCAUAGUUUUUAGAUUUUCUUAUGCUGUAGCUUUAUUAAAGUGCAAAUGUCUAUCCGAGGAAGGUGAUUGCACCAUGUGUUUGUGUGUAGGGAUUGGGAGAUUAUUUUCCAGGUAAAUGUGUAGUUAUGAAAUAGCCAUAUGUUGUAUUACAGCUUUAAUUGUUGUAUUAAGAGGGGGGGGGGGGGGGCAUCUUUUUACAAAAAGAAAAAAAUGACAUUGCAGAACUAGAAAAAGUGUGAAGUGGUUGAAUGUUUUACUAAUGAAUUGUGAUGCUUCCUUCCACGAUCUGAAGUGGAAUACAGAGGCUAUGUAUUGUAGAACACGACCAGACCAAAAGCACAGCACAGCUGUUCGCAGUCCACAAAGUGGUUUUGGAAUGACAAUUCCCGUUUGUAUGAACACCUGCACCUUUAUAUCGUUUACCUUUCACAAAAAAAACCAAUGUCCUGAUGCACAUCAUAUCAUGACCUGGUAAACUUGACAAACACUGUUUCAUUUCAUGAAUGUUUUUAAUCAAUAUAACCCAAAGAACCAUGUACCAUAAACAAUCCACAUUGUGCACUUUGAACAAAAACCAGUAUCUGCUCAAGUCGUUCUUGCCUGUCAUUCACUACAUAGCCACUAAAUGUGCAGUUCUAAUGUGCAGUUCUAGUACAUGGGUAUUUCCAUUUUUAAUCAGGUCUGGUACUAGACUAUGUUAAAGAAAGCUGUUUGCAAGCCAUGCUUUAGGUUGUCUUGCAUUUCCUUGUCCGUCUCACCUGGAGGGUGAAAUUGUCCCCACCCCUUCAACACCAUCUUUCCCAUCGUUAACCAAGUAGCUGGCUCCCUUAUUGAAUGUCAUGCUUUGCAGGCAGUAACAUGUUUUAACCUUGUGUAUUGCCAGGUGCUCUUAAAUGAAAAUGCAUGUUUGAUAAAGGCCUGUUCCUUUCAAAACUACACAUUUGAGACGUGAAUACAGUCAUUUAGGAUAAGGCCUGACAGUAAGAUUUAUGGAAUGAUUUUGUCAGCUACAAGUACUUUUAAAGGGUGUUUUGUUCAGCAAGGUGCUCUCAUAAUACUUGGUCAGGUGUCCUGUCCAAACCAAAAGAACAAGAGAAAAAAAUGCAGUGAUAUUGGGUGUAGACUUCCUGUGCUUCCUUUGAGAAGCCUUAAUCUGUUUCCCAUUAUGUACCCAAAACAUUCAUGUACUGUAUUUUGAAUAUAUAGUGACUGGUGACAGCAAUUUGGAGACCAACCUAUAGUAAUUUAAAGACCUUAUUUUUGGUCAGAUUUUCCUGAUACAUUUGGAUUAUCUCCUGGCAGAUUAAAGUCCAAUAUUGCACUUUUUUAUAUUCGGUUCAUUUUAUGUUCUGCGUUACCCGGGGGUCUGUUUUAUCUUGCUAGAGCUGAAAGGACAGGCUUUCUGAUUUCAAUUAAUGUCGCAUCCAAAGUUUUCCAUACAAACUAGUCUUGUGAUUUGGCAACGUGUUCAUUUAAAUUAGGAUUGGAUGGCUCAGGUCAGACUUCUGCCUUGAAAAAAAAGGGGGUUUGAAGUGUUAUGGUUGUGGCCAGCAUGGGGCUUUAGACUUCAUAGGGUCAAACCUCACUGGCACGGAUUUUAGCCCAGGGGAGGGUGGAUCUGAUCGGGAUCUCGGCUGGUUUCCCACAACAAGUUAAAAUGUGUGGUAACUGCAGUAUGUUUGAGAGAAUCUGGAUAACACUUCCAAAAGAAUCGCCAGACAUAACUGAGGAGUGCAGAUCUCAUACCGGACUUGUAAAGAUCAAGUAUGAACUUCAGCUUUGCUUUGAAAACCGGGUCUGGAUCUUUCAACAUGCACUGAAGAAGCUCAAAGGAAGCAACAGCUGUGCUGAUCAAAUGAUCUGGAAGCUUGAACUGUUUUGUGCAAUGCCUCCUGAUACUGGCUCCCUGAUGGACAGGAAUUGUUUUUAGAAAACCUUUUUUUGUUGUUGUUCUCAAUUUUGAUAUACAACAUGAUACCAGUUGUUACAUAACUUCCAACAACCUAGCCUAAGUGUAUGAUGGCCCAGUCAAGUAUCCUGCAAAUAACAAUACAAUGUCAACAGUA